UCCGGUCAAACCCCUAGACCCGCCCCCAACCCCAACCCCAACCCCAACCCUACUAACCCUAAUACCAUCUCCAUCUGCUACAGCUUACCAGCGGCAGCGGAGGCCAGCAAUUCCAAACCCAAAUCACCAACCCUUUGCCAACCUUUCCCUAAUCGAUUCGUGCCCGGCACUGGAGGAAUUUGCUCCCCUAGGGUUAGGGUUUUCGUUGGAGCAGGAGCAAGAACUAGGGUUUUUUGUCUUGUUGCUUGAAUCUAGAUUUGGGGAGAAUAAGGAGGGGUUUUUAGGUUGGGGCGAUGGAGGGCGGUUCGGGUGGGAACGACGUGGAGCUGGUGUCCAAGACGCUGCAGUUCGAACACAAGCUGUUCUACUUCGAUCUGAAGGAGAACCCCCGUGGGAGGUACCUUAAGAUCUCGGAGAAGACGUCGGCGACGAGGUCCACCAUUAUCGUCCCUGUUAACGGCAUCGCCUGGUUCAUCGACCUCUUCAAUUACUAUGUCAAUACUGACGAGCAGGAUGCCUUCAGCAAGGAGCUCAAGCUCGACACCAAGGUGUUUUACUUUGAUAUCGGGGAGAAUAAAAGGGGGCGCUUCUUGAAGAUUUCAGAGGCAUCUGUCAACAGAAAUCGUAGUACAAUCAUUGUUCCAGCCGGAAGCUCAGGCGAAGAAGGAUGGGCAGCAUUUAGGAACAUUUUGCUAGAGAUUAAUGAAGAAGCUUCCCGACUUUUCAUUGUACCAAAUCAGCAACAUAUGGAACCACCAGAGCGACUUCCAGGACUUUCAGAUGAUGUUGGGGCUGGAUUUAUAUCAGGCCAUAGUGCACAGUCAGCCUCUGGGUCAGAGUUAAAUGUUGACCGAUUGGUUGAAUUGCCUCCUCAGGAGGAUAUUGGAGGCAUGGGGAUGUCUAAAGUAAUUAGGGUAGAUCAAAAGAGGUUCUUCUUUGAUUUAGGUAGCAAUAAUAGGGGCCAUUUCUUGAGGAUAUCUGAGGUUGCUGGUGCAGAUCGCUCAUCAAUCAUCCUUCCCUUGUCUGGUCUGAAGCAGUUUCAUGAAAUGAUCGGUCAUUUUGUGGAGAUAACCAAGGACAGAUUUGAAGGAAUGACUGGUCCAAAUGUGCGGACAGUGGAGCCGGCACAGAGAUGAUCUUUUUGGAGGACAGUUGAUCCCCUCACUUCAGUUCUACUGCAGGGCUACCUCUGCAUUUUUUUGGUUGCCACUUAUUACUAGGAUUUUUAACAGUUCAGUCUGCAAGUCUCUGAUCGGAGCAGGUACUGCAGGUAUGCGAUCAUCAGCCACCUUAAUGACAUGGUUAAGAUCAUCAUGGGAAUGUUAGAAUUUUUUUCCUUUUCUUUUGGUUAAUCAAUAUGUUGUAGCAAUUGGUUGAUAUCCUUUGCUGAAGUGGUAUUUUUUUCCCUAUCCGAAUGAUAUAAUUUUAUUACCAGAUUCUGUCAGGUCUGUGAAGCAUUCAUUUAUUUACUUUUUUUUUUUUUUUUGAAUUGCCGUUUGAGUCGGCAUCAAUCACUUCAGAGAAAUGAUGCAGCAAUCUACCCAUGUCGAACACGACGGGAUCUGGUAGUCAUUAUGACUGGUGGGUCCGGAUAAAGAAUUGUGGAUGGGGCGGGCGGGCGCGGUGUUUGCUACGGACCAUUUUGCGUAGGGUGGUUUUUCUUGUCCGUGAAAUUUUUCCUCCUGUAAAAGAAGGCGACUGCUUGUAUAUGAUUCUUAUGGCAUGCAGGUUGAACUGGGCCAUGGAUGAUAGCUUGUUAUCAGGGGCAGAUGGCAUUUAGAAACAAGUAUGCUUCGCUUGGUAUUGCUCGCCUUGAUUGUUGAUACUGUAGAUGCAAAAGAUGCCUUCAUUGAUGUCCA